AUGGAAAGUAUUCGGCAACUACAGAAGAGCUCUAUUUGUGAUGCAACGUUUGCAGGGGUCUUCGAGCAAUUAUUGAUUCAGCUGAGCAAGGAGGAGAUGCAAUUCUUUGUCACUGUGGCGCGGCAGAUUUGGCUCAGGCGCAAUGCCUUUGUCUUUGGGAAGCCGCUGUUAGCUCCAGCUGAAGUGAUUCGAAGGGCACGGGAACAAAUCUCUGCUUUUGAGAAAACAGAGGCUGGAAGACACAAGGCUCACGUACCACUGCGCAGGCAAGUAAAUCAGAGAUGGCAGAAACCGCCGGCAGAUUUUAUAAAGAUCAAUUGGGAUGCUUCCAUUGAUGAGAAACACAGACGGGUUGGAAUUGGGGUGGCUGUACGCAACUCCGACGGCAUGAUGCUAGCUGCGUUGUGUGCUUCCAAGCCUAUACUCACAGACCCUGGAACAGCCGAAGCUUUAGCAGCUUGGUCUGCAGCCAACGUUGCACGUAGGUUGAACCUGAGACAGGUUAUCCUAGAGGGGGAUGCGCUGGAAGUCGUAAGUGUUCUUAAUAUGGAAGGCGGCUGGCUUGGUAAUUAUGGACAGAUUCUACAAGAUGCAAAAAAUCUACUGGGGCGCUGUUUGGAAUGGAGGGCUAGCCAUACUCCACGUGAUGGUAACAAGGUUGCUCAUAGUCUUGCCAAACUGGCAUUAGCAAUAGAUCAGGAAAUAUUCUGGCUUGAUAAUUUUCCUUCAUGUAUCCUGGAAAUUGUCCACUCUGAGCAAGGCUCGACUUUAAGUCAAUAA